AUGCUAAUCCCUCGGCCCCACCCCAAACUAACUGAAGAAACAACUUCAGAGCUAGCAACACAGAAAGACAAGCUGAUAUGCGUGCUCCCGGAUGUGCAGCUCUCCAUCUUCGCCAACAUGCUGGGUGUCCCACUGUUGCUGCUUGUUGUUCUCUGUCACUACACAGCCGUCAACAAUCCCAGGAAGCAGGAAUGA